AUGGCAUUGCCUUUGAAAGCCCUCUUUGCCUCACUGCUUGCCAUUGCCUCGACGUUGUCCGAUCUUCGCGUUGCGAACGCCGCAGUCGCUCAUCAUCGUUCCUCCUCGUGGCGACAUGCCGCUCACCAUGUGGUUGGAAACAGAAUGCAUUACCACCAUCACCGGAGGGGUCAUGUCCAUUCCGGAAACCACCACUCUCCCGCUAAGCAUAACCGGCCCAAGUUCGCGCCAGGCCCUUGGAAGCAGGCUCAUGCCACCUUUUAUGAGGGUGGCUCCGGCACAUUUGGAGGAGCCUGCGGUUAUCAGGACGUGGUGCAGCAAGGCUACGGCUAUCAGACGACGGCGGUGAGCACGGCAAUGUUCAACAACGGGCAGACGUGUGGGGCGUGCUACGAGGUGAAGUGCGUCGACAACCCUCAGUGGUGCCAGCUUGGCCAGCCUUCCCUCUUCGUCACGGCCACCGACCUCUGCCCUCCCAACUACAACCUGCCCAGCGACAACGGUGGAUGGUGCAACUCGCCCCGCGAGCACUUUGACCUCGCCAAGCCCGUUUUCACCACGCUGGCCAAGGACUACACUGCUGGCAUUGUCCCGGUCCAGUACCGCAGGGUUCCAUGCCGGAAGCAAGGAGGGGUCCGGUUCACCAUAACUGGGAACCCGUACUUCAACCUAGUGCUGGUGUCGAAUGUGGGUGGAGCUGGUGAAGUCGUGAGCGUACAGGUGAAGGGCGAUAAGGUGCCAUGGACUACAAUGCAGCGCAACUGGGGCCAGAAGUGGGAGACCAACGCCAUGUUGGUCGGGCAGUCCCUGACCUUCCGGGUUAGAGCAAGCGACGGCCGAUUCACAACCGCCUGGCACGUCGCCCCACCUAACUGGCAAUUUGGUCAGACCUUCGAGGGCAAGAACUUCAAGUGAA